UCUCAUCCCCAUUUUAAAUCUGCUAUACAUAAACACGCUUGACCCGUAAUCUACCCAAAACAAUGAUCGAGGAACUCGCACUUUGCAUCACUGGGGCAAACCAAGCCGCCAAGCACCGAGAAAGCACAGCCGCAUCGGUACCGCUCCAAGUCUCCACCAAGACUCCCGUGUCUGCCCGGGCCGCCACCAUGCCUGAGCCGCUGCAGCUGACGGCGAUACGCCGGGAGCAGAGACGGAUAGCGGCCCUGCUCGAUGCGUCCAAGCAGCUCGGACUCGUCUUACCAGCUCGUCAAGAUGGUAUUCCAUUACAAGAUCUUUACAAGAGCGACUACUAUCUUCAAAUGCAGAAUGGGUUCAGGAAGAUGUACGUAGCGGGGACACAGCAGCAGACGGCUCUUUCAUUACCGGAGAUGGAACAUCUGAUGAAAAGACACGGCAACGGCAAGUCCAAGAAACCGACGGCUGUUUUGUCGCUGAGCUCUACCAUCAACGAAGGCUGGAAACACUUACGUGAGGUCAGAGAAAAGAGGGAAAGUUUUGCGAAGAGGAAACAGUUCAGGACUAAACAUAUCGGAGGAGAUAAACGGCUGUUUGAAGCUCCGGACGAGCCGGACGGGUGGUCGCCCGGUCAGGCAGCACGAGAGCUGAUGACCCGAAAGAAAAUCCGUAAUGACAGACAGACGAACGAUCUGAUUGGUCAGAAGCUGGUUGAAAAAUCAGCGGGGCUCCAACCAGUGGGCUUGUCUGAUAGGCUGCCGAAUCAUGGCGGCAGCGUGGACUUCCGCUUGCCGAGGCUGGCAAAAUUCGACCCGAGUUCAGAAAUAUUGCCAGACAUUGCUCAAACGGAAAACAACCGACUCGGUGACGACAGUUCCCGCCAAAACUCCAUCACCGGGAAACCUUUGCUAAGAUACAACCAUGGCAACAGGGGACAUGGGAUGGACCUCUCCGUGCAAGGCCAAGCCGAAUCGACGGAGAGUGACGAGAUGACGUCAUACGAUUGGAGCGUUUACUCAGACUCCCCGGACGAUGUAUACAGACCAUUUUAUCCACAGACGCCGUCUGCGUCCCCGGCCAGCGUGGACUCGUUGGACGGUUUCGACUUGCACGGUUUGUACCGCGAUUUCGACUCGGACAACCCCUACUCCGAUGUGAAUAAAGACCCGAAUCUUACUGGCAAAGGCGAUGGAGAAGGAGGGUCUGAGAAGGUGGAUAGUCUUAUGAAUUCCUCAAGCAAUCAAAGAAUAAAACAAGUGGGUGGCGAUUCCCAAUCCAACAGCGGAGACGCAGUGAAAAACGGACUCCUAUCGUCGCAUUCCAUACUGAACAGAAACAGAAACAGACAGGACUUCAGAAAGUCCAAGGAAUCCUCGACAACCCUUGAUACGUACCGCGACGCCUACGUUCGAGCCCUAGCGGUGGCACGCUCCCGUCGCCUCCCCGAUGAUUUCACUGGACUCGGUACGCGCACCACGCGACCGUUCUCCUUCUCCUACUUCGCUGACCACGGGUCCACCUGCAAGUGCCAGAGUUGCCUGGAGCGGGUGCAACGGCAAGAUUUCCCCGGGAAGAAAUCCGUCAAGAGAAGGAAGCAACCUCAGGGGCUAAAACUCAUCUUGGGAGAUGUAAGGAUGGAGGAUUAUUACAAACGAUGAAGUCGUUGGGCAAGAAGUCUGCUCUUUUGGAACCCAUCUUUUAGAGCCAGAUCUCUACAUUGGGAUUUUUUUUCGGCAUGAUACCUUGAUUCGGUUCAGCUCCAUUCCCAGUGAAAACCACCCACAUCUCCCCCGAAAAAGGCACUUCAUACUAGAACAGUUAAUAAAAACAAUCUGGAAGCAGUAUUUAAAAUCACAAAUGAUAGAAAGACAUGUCAAACUGUUCAAAAUUUAAACGAGGCUUAUUAUCUGAGAAAAACUCUGCCUUUGAUUAAU